AUGUAUUCCGAUUACGACCAUCCCUCCGAAGACGUGUUCAAAAAGAUAUCUGCUUUAGCACAAACAGAACAAAUUGGCCACCCGAUUGAUCCCCAAGAAGUCAUCAUCAAUGAUGUUGACAUUCAAGGAGGAUCAGCCAUUGGGGAGAAUUUUACCAGCGUCUUAAAGAGGUUUACGAUACAUUCAACUGUGAAGGAUGCGAAUCAGGCUUAUGUUCAUAAAGUCGUCGGAAAAUUUCUCCCUCUGAAUGCUUCAACAACCAAAUGGUGGAAAUCUAUGCGGGUUUUUGAUCGAGAAGCGCUUAUGUACAACCAAAUCUUGAUCAACUAUGAAAACGAAUCAAAGACAUCGUUUGCUCCACGACUGUACCACUCAUCAGAUAGCUGCAUUUUAUUGGAAGACUUGAGUUCGAGUGGAUAUGUCUUGAAUGAUGCCCGGAAGGGUCUAAAUCUGCCUCAAAUGCAGGCAAUUCUGUUAAAACUGGGCUCCUUUCAUGCUUAUGGACACCAUCUAAUUCAGUCAAUGGGUUUUGAGCGAUUCCACAGCAAAUUUGGGGUGAUAUCGGAUGUCGCCCACCAUGGCCCUGCCUUGACCAAGGACCCAAAGGUUACCCUGGAGUUCAGAGCCAUAUUUAAGGGCAUGGUCAAAUUGUCCUUGAAACUGCUUGAGUCAGAGUAUGAUGCCCAGGUGUACCAGGAUCUGUGUGAGAUCAUGGCGAAAGUUGAGGAAGAUUAUGGAGCCGUCCGAAAACCUCUUGAUCACCAUUUUCAAGUCAUUGGACAUGGGGACCUUUGGAACAACAAUGUGCUCUUCCAAACCGAUCAAACCGAUCCCCUAGUUAUUGCCGAUGUGAAGUUUAUCGAUUUCCAAAACUCGAUGCGUACCCGGCCCACUAUGGAUCUAGUCCAUUUGUUCUAUCAGAGCACUACCCCUGAUCUCCGCAAAGAUCAUUUGAAUGCUCUUUUAAAGCUGUAUCACAGCGAACUCUUAUUGAACUUGGAAAUGCGGGGAAUUAGUCCUCGUGUAUAUCCAGAAGAGCAGUUCCAUCAAGACUUCAAAAACUGUUUCAUUCAUGGCCUAUACAUGGGAUUUGUUAACAUUCAGGCCAUCUUUAACGCGGAAGAAGUUAUAAACAAGGUCGUUUUGGAGAAAGAAAAUGACCCAAUUGGACCAAGUCUGACUCUCAAGGCCAAGGAGGUAAUGCUUCAGAGAUUGACAGGUCUCGUGAAAGAAGCUCAAGAGUUCGAAGUUAUCAGAUUCAAAUGAUUUUCAAUGUUGAUGCUUUGCUAAUUUUUUCUCUUUGAUUUUGUAUGUCUUUAAUUGCUCAUGCAAUAAAGUGCAGAAAAUGA